AGAUGCCCCACUGGCAAAACUGAUUGUUGUGAGAACUGGACUCCCAAGAUGAAACAUCUCGAGCGUAAACCAACGCUCUCUCUACUUUACAUAUUUGUCCUCCUGAUCAUCCAAUUUGACUCGCACCGAUUCGGCGUGUUAUCUAAGUAUAACCCGGCUGAAUUACAGAAAGAAGGGGAAAAUAUUAGAAAUCUAGACCAAUGGGGUCAUACUCUUGUAAGCAGUUCUGCAAGUCCUCGUCCAGGUGGCUAUCAAGUGAAUCCAGGCAGAAUGCAAUUUUCCAGUUUGGAUCACACUUACCCUGCUAGAUGGUCCGACUCGCCAGCUUACACCCAAGUCGACUAUAGGUCAUUUCAGCCCGGUUUUGGACCGAGCAUGUCAGCAGAGACUGGAGGAAGGACUAGGAACUUCAUUGAUCUGAUCAACAUGAGAGACAAUUCAUCGUAUCAACCAGAGGGAAACUCGCAUUUGGGAGGCCAGGACCAUCUCCCUCACAUGCCUCAGUGGGGAAGCACUGAUCAUUUUCGCCACGACGCUCACUUGGAUCUCCAAGAAAACGUAACCCCCUCUUCUUCUAGCACAGUGACCAGAGACUUUACCGGAUGGGGACUUCCUGACUGUGUAAUUAACGAGGAACAGUCAAAGUCACUGGAUAUGUUGCAAGCCUUCCAAAAGAAACAAUCGGAUUCUCGUUCUGCUGUGGCAUUUUGGGAGGAUUCCUUUGAAAGGAAAACAACCUUAUAACCCACUUUCAGAAAAAACAAAAAGUUUCAUCUUAUUCAGGCUUUUGGCUGGUGAUCCCGCUCACUAAUUGGAUUCCUCAUAUAAUGUUCCAGGGUAUAAUGAUCAAUUUAUGACUCACAGGAGCAUCUCACAGAAAGGCACAAAGCUUCAGAAAAUUUCCAAAUUGCCACAGGAAAUCCUUCAUACAUCUUUAUCCCAAGCUG